AUGUCGAGCAUCAAGACCGAAAGCAUUCGAGGCCGAUCUCCUGGCCCAGCAGCUGAUCGACGCCAGUCGAAAAUCAGCCAGCUCAGCAUGCAAGAUGGACGCUCUGCCACCUCGAACGCCGCAACUCAAGGCAGCGCGCCUGCAAGGACAAGCAAGCGACGCAAGCGAUCCGAGCUCUCGCCCUCUUCCAAGCAGACACACAGCAUCAUCGAAAAGGAACGCAGAGAGGCCAUGAACGAAAAGUUCUCUGAACUUGCUGCCAACAUUCCCGAGCUUGUCCAAGCUCUUGCUGCGGGCAAGCGUCCCACCAAGGGCGAGAUCGUCAAGGCGAGCAUUGCCAGACACCAAGAGCAAGAACGACGAGUUAGCGAGCUCAUGCAUCAAGUCCACAUGCUUCGUUCUGGCAGCAGCAAUGGAACAACUCCUCAGCAUUGCUCGGUCGAGACGCCUAGCUCCAUAGCUACCAUGACUCCUGAGCCAAUGCUUUCGACACCGUCUCAGACGCUGUCGAUGCCCUACCAGAUCCAAGCUUGCCAACCCAUCGGCGUUGCCAUUCCUGGCUCGGCGCAGGGCGAUUUGUGGGUAGGCCAGCUGCUCAACAAGAGUGCCAGCCCACACGAGCAGCUCACAUUGUGCCAUGAUCCAGCUCCACCCAUGUCAUUGUUGCCAGACAUGUCGCAGCCUGUCUCGCCCUUCAAGCAGACCUCAAUGAUGAACUGGAGCCUCUCUUCGCCGCCCCAACCUUUGGACCCCGCUUCACUUAGCAUUGGCUUCCCCACGUCCAACUUCAUUAAGGGAUUCAUGGACAGUGGUACGCUCGAGUAUCUUGGUCGUCGCAACAGUGGGGCAAGUGGGCCCACACCGACAUCCGGCUUCUCUUCGCCUACCUUCACCUCGUCAGACAGCGAUUCUUCCUUUAGCACCGACGCGCUCGAUCCUAACCUCGACGAGCGAAAGUUCUUGGCCGAUAGCAUCAGCUUCGAGCCCUUUGCCAUGCCAACAAGCAACCUUGUAGAGCAGACGCCUCUCACUUCGCUUGUAGGUCUGCCUGAGCAACAACAACAACAGCAGCAAGGAGGGGCAGGGAACAAGAAGCCAAGACGCAGCAUUCAAUCUCGUCGAUCGCGAAAGGACGAGACCAAGGAGCAAGGUAUUGCGGACAACAGCUUCUCUUGCAGUUCUCUGUCGGUGUAA